AUGGCUUAUGCUGCUGUUCUUUCUCUUGCGCAAACUCUUGAUCAGAUCUUCGUAGAAAAUAAAAAUUUAACUCUUAAUGAUCUAAUACAUAAGGUCGGUGAAAUCCAAGAGUUGCUGGUAAAAUCAUCCCAAAAUAGCAGCCGAGAAGUAAAGUCGUUGGAAAUAAAAAUCAGAGAUAUGGCUUAUCAUGCUGAAAAUGUCAUUGAAGUCUGGCAAAUAGGCUUGCAGAAAAGAUCUGAUUCUAGGAUAGAUGAGGAUGUAAUAACAGAAAAGGAUACUGCUAUCAAGGAUUUGCACGAAGUAAUAACAGAAAUGGGUACUAUCAAGAAAAAGAUGGAGAAGAUUAAAGGCGAGAGCGGCGAACAAUAUCUUCCAGCAUAUUGGAGUUAUUUUCCAUCAAGAUCAGCUCCUGGUGGGCAGACCAAUAUGGUGGGAUUUGAAAAAGACUUGAUGCAGAUAAAGGAUGGACUCUAUAAUGUACAAAAAUCAACCCGCCAGAUCAUUCCAAUUGUCGGGAUGGGAGGCAUCGGCAAGACUACUCUGGCAAUGAAUGUUUAUAAUGAUCCAGUUAUCGCAGAUCACUUUCAUAUUUGUGCUUGGGUAACAAUUUCUCAACAAUAUCGUAUUACAGAAAUUCUUCUCAGCCUUUUAGAUGAGAUUGGUGUUCUUACCGAUAAGAUACGCAAAGAGAGUGAUGAACGAUUAAAAGAACUAUUAUACAAAAGUCUCAAGGGCAGGAGAUACCUAAUAGUAAUGGACGAUGUAUGGAGUACAAAUGCUUGGAAUGACGUACAAAUGUUAUUUCCUGAUGACAAUAAUGGGAGUCGAAUCCUAUUGACAACCAGACUAACUCACGUAGCUGAUUAUGCCACUUCAACUAACCAUCGUCACCUGAUGAAUUUUCUGACUGAGGAAGAAAGUUGGAAAUUAUUUUGUCAAAAGGUCUUUGGAAAAGCAAAUUUCCCUCCUGAGUUGGUGAAUAUCGGAAAGAAAAUAUCAAAAAACUGUCAAGGACUUCCAUUAUUAAUUGUUGUGAUUGCUAGACUUCUUGCAGAGGAAAAUAAGUCACUAGAUUACUGGAAGUAUGUUGCUGUAAAUUUAUGCUCAAUUAUAGUAGGAAAAAAUGAUCGCUGCUCAGAGAUAUUAACUUUUAGUUACAAUAACUUGCCUCUUCAUUUGAGACCAUGUUUUCUUUAUAUGGGAGUUUUCCCAGAAAACUAUGAGAUUCCUGUUUCUAGACUCGUCAAAUUAUGGGUUGCUGAGGGUUUUGUAUACUCGGAUAUGGAUGCAGAGCAACAUCUGAUGGAACUUAUUGAUAGAAAUCUUAUUUUGGUCGGUCAAAAAGGGUCCGUUAAUGGAAAAAUUAAAACCUGCAGAAUGCAUGAUAUUUUGAGAGAGCUCUGCGUGAGGAUAGCUCAUGAGGAUAAUUUUCUUUACGUCAAGAGCAGGUAUCUGCGUUUCCUUCCAGAAGAGUCAAGUUUCAAACGCCGUCUAAGUAUUCAUGAUGAUGCUUCAUAUAGUGGCAGUGAGGAGAACGUCACAAUGCAAUCAAUGGAUCUUGUCCGUUCUUUUAUAUAUAAUGGUUGGGAUGAAACUCAAUUACAUUCUUAUUAUUAUUUUGGUUAUCGACUGUUGAGGUUAUUGGAUAUGGUUGGAGUAGAGCUUAGCGGGUUCCCGGAGGAAAUACUGCUGCUAGUUAACUUGAGGUAUAUUGCUAUCGCCUGUCAUGCUAUGAUUCCAGCUUCUAUUAGUAUACUUUGGAAUCUAAAUACUUUAAUUGUUGAAGACUCAACGGGAAUUGCAAGUCAACUGCCCAUUGAGAUUUGGAAUAUGCCACAAUUGAGACAUCUCAUAUUCUCUCGAGUUUUCUUGCCUGCUCCUCCCACUAGUCCUUUCGUUCUAGUAAAUCUAAGGACACUGUCAGCGUUAGACAGUUUGGAUUAUGACAUCAGCAACAAAACUCCAUAUUUAGAGAAAUUGGGAAUUCAUUAUAAUUCUGAGUCAUCUCACUCUCCCAACCAUUUUGCCCGUCUCCAAAACCUAGAAACAAUGAAGAUUCUCUUUGACUCGCCAGCAAAAUCUACAUUCAUUAACAUUGCUUUGCCAUCAAGUCUCAAAAAGAUAACUUUGGAGCGUGGUAGAAUUGAUUGGGAAUACAUGAGGAUUUUUGGUUUCUUGCCCAAUCUAGAAGUACUAAAAUUGCGUGAGUAUGCCUUCCAAGGCAAAGAGUGGAUACUAAAUGAAGGGGAAUUUCUCAAACUAAAAUUCCUGUUAAUUUGGGAGACAGAUUUGGAGCGCUGGAUAGUCGACGAUACCCAUUUUCCACGUCUAGAGCACCUAAUCCUCAGGAAUUGCUCGAAUUUGGUAGAGAUCCCAUAUGAUAUUGGAGAAAUACCAACACUUGAAACUAUUGAGAUAGAUUACUCCAGUCCUUCCGCUGUGAAUUCAGCAAAGAAAAUACUCGACGAUCAACAAAGCCUGGGAAACAAUGGACUUCAAAUCGAGCAAGAUGAAUCAGGUCACUUCUAUCGAAGAAAAACCAAACUCGAUGAGUUCAAGACUAAAGAAAAACCUGGAAGCAGUACAGAAAAGUCUGGAAGCAGUAUAGAAAAAUCUGGAAGCAAAGUACCAAAAUUCACUAUCAAUGGUUUUGGAAGACUGCUUGUCAACAUUGUUUCCACUAUUGAGGGAACUGUACUUUAA